ACCAAAAAAUAACAACAUAGGCUUCUUUAAUUAACUUCACCGAUAACCCAACCCACAAGAAACAAACAAAUACUUGAAAGCCAAGAACAUCACGUCGGUACUUGUUUCCUUCUCUCUUAGUUCUCCCCGCUGCUGAAGGGGGUCUCUCUUCCACUUCUCUCUCUCUCUAUAUAAUAAGAAUUGAGAAGAGAUUAAUCACAAAGCUUUGCUUCGUUGUGCCGGAUCGAAAUAACGCGUUUUGCGCAAACAAGGUGUUCGGUGAUGGCGACUGGAAUCGUGAACAACGAAGUUCGUGUGGGAGAAAAUGAGGAGUCAGAGACUUCAAAUGGCAUUGAGAAAUUAGAGAUUUCGAAUGGCAACGAUGAGGUCUCUGAAAAUUCUUCAUCUAUGCAAAGAGAUGAAGAUGAGGGGACAGCAGAAGUUGCAAAGAAGAAGAAGAAGAAAAAUAAAAGCAAGAAAAAGAAGGAGCCACUGAAGCAGACUGAUCCUCCAUCUAUUCCCAUUGUUGAGCUUUUCCCUUCUAGGGAGUUUCCUGAGGGUGAAAUUCAACAGUACAAAGAUGAUAAUUUGUGGAGGACUACCUCUGAGGAGAAGAGAGAAUUGGAGCGCCUUGAAAGGCCAAAAUAUAAUGCAGUCCGCCAAGCAGCUGAAGUCCAUCGUCAGGUUCGGAAAUAUAUCAAAAGUAUCUUGAAACCUGGACUGUUAAUGACUGACCUGUGUGAAACCUUGGAGAACACAGUUCGCAAGCUAAUUUCAGAGAAUGGUUUACAAGCAGGGAUUGCAUUUCCUACUGGAUGCUCUCUAAACUGGGUUGCUGCUCACUGGACUCCCAAUUCUGGAGAUAAGACUGUGCUUCAGUAUGAUGAUGUGAUGAAAUUGGAUUUUGGAACUCAGAUUGAUGGAUUUAUAGUUGAUUGUGCCUUUACAGUGGCAUUUAAUCCUAUAUAUGACCCGCUUCUUGAAGCUUCUCGUGAAGCAACCAAUACAGGCAUCAAGGAAGCUGGAAUUGAUGUCCGUCUUUGUGAUGUUGGUGCUGCAAUUCAAGAGGUGAUGGAAUCAUAUGAGGUUGAAAUAAAUGGGAAGGUAUUUCAAGUGAAAAGUAUACGAAACUUGAAUGGACAUAGCAUUGGGCCCUAUCAGAUACAUGCUGGAAAAUCAGUUCCUAUUGUGAAAGGAGGGGAGCAAACAAAAAUGGAAGAGGGUGAAUUUUUUGCCAUUGAAACCUUUGCUUCUACAGGGAAAGGAUAUGUCAGAGAAGAUCUAGAGUGCAGCCAUUAUAUGAAAAAUUUUGAUGUGGGACACAUUCCACUAAGGUUGCCUAGAGCUAAGCAGCUGCUAGCUACAAUAAACAAGAACUUUUCUACGUUGGCCUUCUGUAGACGGUAUUUAGAUCGCUUGGGAGAGACCAAAUACCUGAUGGCAUUGAAGAAUUUAUGUGAUGCUGGCAUUGUUCAGGCCAUUGUCCAACUUUAAGAAUAGAAUUCUUUCCUACUUAAAUUUCAAGGCUUCCUGGUAUAAUUUGGGCUAAGUGGACUGCGUACUUCUAUUAUGUCUAUUAUCAUUUAGCUUUAUGGUAGUGAUUUUCAUCCACCCAUAACUUAAAAUCAGUUGGGAGAUUGGAUGAGGUGUUAAACCAAGAACAAUUUACUUGGCCUUCCUGCAGUUGUCAAUUAAACUAGAAAUCAUUGAUUUGGAAAGAACAUCUGGGACAGAUGCCUUAACAAAUCAGUCCACUAUAUGAUGUUGGUUCUUGUAGCUCAUUACUCUUAUGUUAGUCUAUUCCAAAAACACAUUCUACAUUUUCUUUUCUUGUAAUUUUCUAUGAGGAUCUGAAGAGUCAAAUAAUAUCUGUAAUUAUUCCUUUGUCAUUUCUUUUCUUUUUAAGUAUAAUUUAGAUCCAGGGCUGGUGUGAGUGACAGGUCAAUUUGCGACGCCUAGUACUUUUUUUAUGCCUUCAGAACUGAAACAAAAUUAUUGAUCACAAGUGCUAAAGAACCUAUCUUCAUAGUUCUAAACUUGUGUAUUGCUGUUUUACUGAAUUUGCUGACGUGCUUUUAUAAUCUUUUUCUGUUCCGCAAUGUAAG